AGUUUUCUAUUUCGGUCCCAUCGCAUCCACAAUCCAGAAAUAGCUGAUGUUCAAGUUUUAAGAGUGAUUUGUGAUUUUCUUUGCGUUCGGAAAUAAAUUAGUGAAUAUUGUUCUUCCGUGUAAAUUGCAUUUCGAUAUAAGAUAUAAUGGCAGAUCAAGUUCAGAAUGAUACUCUAAAUGCGCCAGUAAAAGCAGUUAACGAUAAUAUCCAAGACGUGAAACCGGCGGAAGUGGCAAAAAGCCCAGAAUCUGGAGCAGGGGAUGAACCAGCAAUAGACAAUAAAGUAGUACAAGACAAACUGCAAGAAGCCGUAGUUAUGCCUAAUUCCAGUGUCGAAGGUCCGAAAGAAAAUACAGAUGUCAAACCUGCGGAGACUGAAGAAGCAAAGCAGUUAGGAGAGAGCAGUGUUCCCAAACCAUCAAACGAUUGGCAACAACGUGAAACGGAACUCUUGAAAAAAAUCGAAGAGUUAGAGAAAGUAAAGACCGCAAGAAGUGAGGAUGGUCUGCGACUCGAAUUAAAGGUCCGUGAAGAAGAAAUUGAUCUAUUGAAGGCGCGGGUGAAGAACCUGGAGACGGAGCUGCAAGCCGCGCUCUCCAAGCCCGGCGGCAAGAACCAGGAGAUGAUAGAGAAGAUUAAACAGCAACAUGAAGAGCUGCUGAGCAAGGCGCGCGGCAUGAUAUUCGACAAGACAAAGAUGGUGAAGAACCAGGAGCUGCAGAUCGAGGCGCUCAGCACUCAGGUGCAGUCGCUGAAGGACAUCAACGUCAUCACCAAGGACCUGCUCGAGAUCAGGAACUCGGAAGUCAAGGCCAUGGAGGAGCGUUUCCAGGCGAUGGAGGCGCGCUUCAAGGCGGAGAAGGAGCGGUACGCGCUGGUGCUGCAGCGCGCGCAGACCUCCAACACCAUCAAUGAUGACCUGCGCAAGGAGUACGAGACUCAGCUCGCCAUCUUCAAAGAGUUGCGAGAGAAAUACGAGCAGAGAGUUAAGGCAUUGGUAGAAGAGAACAAUCGUCUGAAAGAGGCCGCUAAGGGAAGCACAUCUGCUUAGCUUGUCUUGUUACGUCGUUGUCGUGUUAUAUUUCUACAAUUAUAUAAAGACUGCUCCUAGAUAUUUCUAUUUCGACGGACAAAAGUUUCAAAUAAUUUAUUGAUUUUUAAUAUAAUACGUUUUGAUAUUACUUAUUUAAU